CAUUCUUUUCUUCUUCCGCCCGUCCUCCUUCCCUCUUCUCCACCUCCUGCCCCCAAUCGCGGAUUCCCUCGAGAGAGAUCCGGCGGGCGGCGGCGGCGAACACCACCCACCGCGAGGGCAUGGGGCUCUGGGACACGCUCCUCAACUGGCUCCGAAGCUUGUUUUUCAAGCAGGAAAUGGAGCUAUCCCUGGUUGGCCUGCAGAAUGCGGGGAAAACAUCACUAGUUAAUGCUGUUGCUACAGGUGGCUACAGCGAAGACAUGAUUCCAACUGUAGGAUUUAAUAUGCGAAAAGUCACAAAGGGGAAUGUUACAAUUAAACUUUGGGAUCUUGGAGGGCAACGGAGAUUCCGGACCAUGUGGGAGCGCUAUUGCCGUGGAGUUUCUGCAAUCCUAUAUGUAGUGGAUGCUGCUGACCGGGAUAGCAUUCCGAUAGCUAAAAGUGAACUGCAUGACCUGCUGACAAAACAAUCUUUAACUGGGAUACCUUUGCUUGUCCUUGGCAACAAAAUUGACAAGUCAGAAGCUGUUUCAAAGCAAGCAUUGGUUGAUCAACUAGGCCUGGAAUUUAUAAAGGAUCGAGAGGUUUGCUGCUUUAUGAUCUCUUGCAAGGACUCUGUAAACAUAGAUGUUGUCAUUGAUUGGCUUAUCAAGCAUUCCAGAACAGCAAAGUAGGCUUGUCGUGUGCGUCUUAUCGCUUGAUGCGAGCUGAGAUGAAUUCAGUUUGUUUAUCUCCAGUUUUAUGGUCCAAAAGUUCAAAAGUGACUACCUUGUAAUCUACGGUUUCUCAUUGGUGUCACUGUCCAACAGUAUGGUGUCUAAUACUUGAGCAUCAAAAUCUUGUAUUUCAUGUAAAUUCCUUGAAUAUUUUAUUAUUCUUUCUUAUGGACGUGCUCCGUUGUUUUUAA